UUAUCACUGUCAAUGUCAAAUUGACAAAAAGUCAAACUCAAAACUUCUCCAAAUAGUUUCACACUUGUAUUAAUUUAUAAGGUAAAAGUUACGAAUCUUAAGAAAACGUAUAUUUAAAACUUAGCAAACUAGUGUGUCAAUAUGGAGUAUAUUUCACCAGAAGAUAUACCGGAUCCCAACAGUACUCGCAUAUUAUGCUGUCAGUGCGCGGCUCCUAUAGAACCAAAUCCAUCCAAUAUGUGUGUGGCAUGUUUACGUGCCCAUGUUGAUAUCACAGACGGCAUACCCAAACAGGCUACAUUGUUCUUUUGCAGAGGUUGUGAAAGGUAUCUUCAACCUCCAGCAGAAUGGCUUGUUUGUGCUUUAGAAUCCAGAGAACUACUUGCUUUAUGCUUGAAAAGAUUGAAAGGAUUAAACAGAGUAAAACUGAUAGAUGCAGGCUUUGCUUGGACUGAACCUCAUUCCAAGAGAAUAAAGGUCAAAUUGACUGUGCAAGGCGAAGUAAUGGGUGGUGCAGUACUGCAGCAAACAUUCAUAGUAGAGUUUGUGAUUCAACAUCAGAUGUGUGAUGCAUGUCAUCGCUCGGAGGCACAAGAUUAUUGGCGUGCGUUAGUACAAGUUAGACAACGUGCUAACAACAGGAAGACGUUUUACUAUCUAGAACAAUUGAUACUGAAACACAAAGCGCAUGAAAACACAUUGGGAAUUAAACCUAAACAUGAUGGGCUGGAUUUCUUCUACGCAACAGAGAAUACAGCUCGUAAAAUGGUUGACUUUAUACAAUCAGUUUUACCAAUAAAAUGUCAACAUUCCAAAAAGUUGAUAUCACAUGAUAUUCACAGUAAUAUUUAUAACUACAAGUUUACAUACAGCAUUGAAAUUGUUCCCGUGUCCAAAGACAGUGUGGUCUGCCUUCCUAAGAAACUAACUCAUCAGUUAGGUUCAAUAUCACCUAUUUGUCUUGUUUCAAGGGUCACCAGUACUAUACACUUAAUUGACCCCAACACUGGCCAAGUAUGUGACCUUUCUUCCACCGUGUAUUGGAGACAUCCAUUCACUCCAAUUUGUAAUCCUAAACAGUUAGUUGAAUACACUGUUAUGGAUAUUGACAUAUUAAAAGAACAUGAAAAGAAAACAUUCCCCGGACAAGGUGUUGUGUCCAACAAACACGUAAUUGCAGACGUGUGGGUGGUGAAGUCAAGUGAACUGGGACAUGAUGUCAAUCCCAUUCACACAAAGACUCAUUUAGGACAUAUUUUAAAGCCUGGAGACACAGUUUUAGGGUACAAUUUAUGCGAUACAAAUGUGAACGAUGCUAACUUCGACAAGCUGGACAAGGAUGCGAUACCGGACGUGUUCCUCGUCAAGAAGUACUACGGGGAGAGGUCGGCGCGGCGCCGCGCGCGCAACUGGAAACUGAAGCACAUGGCCGACGACCUGCACGAGGGACUCGGCUCUAGCAAUGAGGAUUACAAUGAGUUCCUGGACGAUUUGGAAGAGGACCCUACGUUCAGACAGAACAUCAACAUUUUCAAGGACGCCAGCAGAGUGCCCAUAGACACGGAUGAGAUUGACCCGUCGCUGCCGCGCAUCACGCUCGCUGAGAUGUUGGAUGAUUUGAAUAUAGAAGACGUUGAUAUGACGGAAGUAUGAAAUGUGACGUCACAGGAAAUCGUAUCAAAUGCAUACAUUUUUUUGUUAAAAUAUUUAAACGCAAUAAAGUUUUUUUUAACCAGAA